AUGGCCCGUGCCUCUCCAGCCUCCCACUCGGGAGGUGGAGAAGGGCGGCGCGGCCAUGAGAUGCUGAGCAUCAACGGCUCCGCAGAGCUUCUUCACGCCAUGCUGCACAUAGAGCUACACACACAGAUCCGCUCCAGCAGCAAAGUCUUACAGCCUGAAUCCAAUUACAAGCUUCAAAGCUGCAGAGGGACAGGAGUUGCUGCGGUGUCUCAGCAACCUGUUGCUGUGGAAACAGUGGAUCUGGGUGGGUCAGAGCAGAGCGGCCGGGUUUCUGUCGGACCCCCGUGGCAGCAGCAGUGGUACGGCCCGCGCUGCCUGAACUUUAAGAGGCGAGGCGCGGUGCUGGGUCCGGUUCUGCUGCAGGUUCUGGUCCAGCUGGGCCGCCUGAUGUUGCUGUUAAUGCCAAUAAGCCUGGCGGUGAUGACGGAGGCACUUUGUGUUUGUGUUCAUGGGGCCGGUGGGGGCAGGAAGGGUCUGGGGGGCCCAUGGGGGGGCCACAGGGGGUCAGAGGGGCCCACAGGGGGUCAGAGGGGCCCACAGGGGGUCAGAGGGGCCCACAUGCUGCUGACAAUCAGGGGCACAGCACCCUGGUCCAAUAGAGUCGGGUCCAAUAGAGUCGGGUCCUAUAGAGUCGGGUCCAGUAGAGUCGGGUCCAGUAGAGUCGGGUCCAGUAGAGUCGGGUCCUAUAGAGUCGGGUCCAGUAGAGCAGGGUCCAAUAGAAUCGGGUCCAGUAGAGUCGGGUCCAGUAGAGUUGGGUCCAGUAGAGCCGGGUCCAGUAGAGCAGGGUCCUAUAGAGUCGGGUCCAGUAGAGUCGGGUCCAGUAGAGCCGGGUCCAGUAGAGCAGGGUCCAAUAGAAUCGGGUCCAGUAGAGUCGGGUCCAGUAGAGUCUGGUCCUAUAGAGUCGGGUCCAGUAGAGUCGGGUCCAGUAGAGCAGGGUCCAAUAGAAUCGGUCCAGUAGAGUCGGGUCCAGUAGAGUUGGGUCCAGUAGAGCCGGGUCCAGUAGAGCAGGGUCCUAUAGAGUCGGGUCCAGUAGAGUCGGGUCCAGGAGAGCCGGGUCCAGUAGAGCAGGGUCCAAUAGAAUCGGGUCCAGUAGAGUCGGGUCCAGUAGAGCCGGGUCCAGUAGAGCAGGGUCCAAUAGAAUCGGGUCCAGUAGAGUCGGGUCCAGUAGAGUUGGGUCCAGUAGAGCCGGGUCCAGUAGAGCAGGGUCCUAUAGAGUCGGGUCCAGUAGAGUCGGGUCCAGGAGAGCCGGGUCCAGUAGAGCAGGGUCCUAUAGAGUCGGGUCCAGUAGAGUCGGGUCCAGUAGAGCCGGGUCCAGUAGAGCAGGGUCCAAUAGAAUCGGGUCCAGUAGAGUCGGGUCCAGUAGAGUCUGGUCCUAUAGAGUCGGGUCCAGUAGAGUCGGGUCCUAUAGAGUCGGGUCCAAUAGAAUCGGGUCCAGUAGAGUCGGGUCCAGUAGAGUCGGGUCCAGUAGAGCCGGGUCCAGUAGAGCAGGGUCCAAUAGAGUCGGGUCCAGUAGAGUCGGGUCCAGUAGAGCCGGGUCCAGUAGAGCAGGGUCCAAUAGAAUCGGGUCCAGUAGAGUCGGGUCCAGUAGAGCCGGGUCCAGGAGGGAAAGCAACUGAAUCUUUGUGAAUAAGAAGUCAUGAAAGAUGCAUCACUCCGUUUUUAAUCUGCUGGAUUUUUUAGCCGCAGCUGUUUUCCAUCUUGUGUCGCUGCAGUGACUGGAAAGCCCCCAGUCUACUGGAAGAUGGCCAGUAUAGAUGUCUGAGUUUAGUGGGAAACUAAACAUUCCUUUGCUGAACAAAUGCAGCCUGGUGGGGUUAAAGUUGAAACCAGGGCAGGUAAACCUUCACCUGGCUCAGGUGUUUCACCUCAAGCUAAGAUCAACUUUAAUAUUCUGUAGAAAACCAUGUUUACAUCACAUGAACCUUUGAGCAUCCUUCCAAUCUGGAGGUCGCGCUAAACCAGACAAUUUCACCAAAACUUAGUGAAUAACUGCCAAGCCCUGCUCUUGUUUUGAAAGCCCCGCUCUUAUUUUGAAAGCCCUCCACUAUGUCUCUCAUCAUGUAAAAAUAUUUGCAGGUCAAGGAAUCAUUUGAGAAACUUCCACAUUUUAUCUGGUGCCAGUUGGAUUCAAUUAAAAAUCAUUUUAUUGCUCUCAAAGCCAAGUGAAAUAAUCUGGAUUACAGAUUAUUUAACCCUCCUAAAGCAGAAUCCCAGGAUCGUCAUGGAAACCAUCCAGUAGCUUCCUUUGGUUUAAACAACGAUUCACUGAUCAGUUUAAGUUUAAAUGAGAAGGAGUUGGUUUGGUUGUGCUGAAAGCCUCGAACUGGAGUGAAUCCAGUUCAUAUCCCUGAUUUCAAACUGGAUUCUGUUUCUUUCCACUGACGG